UUACCACAAAACAAAAUCCAUCAACUAUGUGAAAAAGAAAACGUGAAUUAUGGUUGCAAAUGUCAAGCAAAGCAUUGAAUAGCCAAAAAUCGAUUUAAAAUCCACCCCUUGGUAAUUGCAAUUUCACAGAAGAUGAACAGAUAUCGCAAGAGCAUUCGUAAGCUGUAAUGAAUGUGGAAGUGCGUGAUAUGUUUCCACUCCAGAAGACUCUAUAGGCUGUUGGAUGCACAUAUAUCCAUGCAUCAAAGAAUUAGUAAAGAUGACGGAAUGGGCACCACUAAAGAGAAAAACAGACACAAAGAUGAGUCACGUCGAUUUUAGGUUAAUCAGUUAGUUAAAAGUGCACACCGCAGAUGCCUGGUCUCACACUCAAAGGAAAUGACUCAGAGUUUGAGUGCCACAAAGUUUAAACAGACCAAACGACAGAGGAACUUUAAGGAGGAUGUGCAAUUCACCACUUGAACAGAUACACAAACUUGAGAACCCACUGGAAAUGACAAACCGUAGCUGUAACCUGAGCGACUACAUGGUGCUGAACGAAGCCGAGAAAGUGGCCAUAGGCACAAUCUGUAUCCUCUCUGCACCCUUCAUCCUCCUAGCAAAUAUUCUCGUUCUGGUGGGGAUAGUUUGUUCAUCGAACCUGCGGCAACAUCCAUCAUACCUGUUUAUGGGCAACUUGGCACUGGCUGACACAAUCGCUUGCUGUGUUUUUACCACUAUCUUCCUGAGUUUCCACCUCCGUAGUCCGGACACCUCCUCGUACCGUUACCUCUUCCAACUGGGAGGCGUGACGGUGGCGUUCACGACCUCCGUGGGGAGUCUGCUUCUGAUGGCAGUAGACCGCUAUCACAUCAUCUACAAGCCUUUCAACUAUAAAGUCCAGGUGAAACGAAGAAAAGCUCUGGUAGGGACGCUGGCAUUAUGGGUUGUGUCGAUUUUUGUUGCCUUCCUUCCUCUGAUGGGUUGGAAAUGUGUGACCUGUCAAUCAUGUUCCAAACUGUUUCCUUACGUCGAUCGGUACUACCUGGCAUUUUGGGCCGUUCUGGUUCUGGCGGUGCUUGUGCUUAUUUUGGCUGCCUAUGGGGUCAUAGUCUGGAAAGCCCACAAACACGAUGCAAACAUGGACAUGGAACAUCAAGGAAAAGCACGUAUGCGUGUGGAUAUUCAUUUGGCGAAGACUUUUAGCUUUAUUGUACUGACUCUGUUGGUUUGUUGGCUCCCUGUUCUUUCUUUCAUGAUGCUAGAUGUGGUUUCAGGAAGGAUUUCGAAAUUGCACCGAAGGGCGUUUGCUUUCUGCAGUCUGCUGUGUUUGGUGAACUCUGGCAUAAAUCCGCUGCUUUACACACUGCGUUGCCGUGAGCUGCGUAUUGCACUUGCUUCAUUGUGGGAUGGUUUACGGAGAUGGAGCAGUUUGUGUUGGAGCAACACCUCAUCCGAUAGAAAUUGAUUUAUAUAUCACCCAAGCCAUCCAAUCAAUAUCUGACACAAUAUACAGAACGCUAGCUCACAUAUAAAACUUACCAAUGCUUUAACUAAAAACAGAAAAUCUGUUCUUCAUUGAUAAAGUAAAUAAUGUGUAAAAUAUAUAUACAUAAUACAUAUAAUACAUAUAAUACAUAUUUUAUAAUAGCAUAUACAAUAACAUUUUUAGACCUAGGUAAUAUGCAUAGACGAAAAGCCAUUAAAAUGUAAUUUUAAGAUGACAUUUUUUUUUUUUUAGGUGAACUGUCCCUUUAAAAGUGGAAUUUGUCACCUUAAAUGUCACUGACACCUAAAAUGUUCAAUCUCUUUUGAUAAUAGACUUUAGAUUGAAACAAUAUUUCCGGUGGGGAAAAAAUCCUGUUGUGUAAUGUUACAUCGUAAAAUGUCAAAUCCAGCGAGGUGGUCUACACAAGAUUCUAUUGAAAUUCAAAUGGAAGUUUUGAUCAAUAAAAGCCAGCGCUUUGAAAGCGACAAUAGCUGACCUUAUUUAUUCUAAACCACUGUCAACAGGUGACAUUUAAAUCCCUUCUGAAUAUCACAGAGGGUCAACGCAAUGCAGAAAAGUCUAUCAGCAAAACGUAUCUCGACCUCACUCAAACCCGU